AUGCACCAAGAGCACAUCCAGCGGCUUGCCUCACAUGAUGCUGCUGUGCUGCGUGCCAGCCAUGAGUUUCCGACCUUCACAGACGCUUUUGCCUGCGUGGCACAGGUUGGCUUGCCAGUGCUGGAAGCCGAAGCUAGCAGGAUUCUUUUUUCCUACUAUGGUAAAGAAGCCUCACACAACAUGGAGGUGUCGCUCUGUCUCCCAGCGCUCGCGUGGGACAUUACGCGAACAUGCAUUCUGCCUAUCACGGACGAGGUGCGAAGAAGAGCAGAGGUAGCGGUAGAGGGUAAUGGCACACUCCCUAGUGCAGCAGCAGGCACAGGAAAGCGGAGUCACGCCGCACUACAGCCUGAUGGACUUGAGCUGUUUGGUCGCCUGGCAGCCAUUUGCGCUGAUGUGUCCGUGAGUGUCAGGAUGGAGGUGGUGGAAAGCGCUGCGGUGGAAGGCAAAGUCUGUCCCGCUGAGGUGUUUGCCAGUGGCCGGGAGGCUGGUGGUGGCGCAGCUGCGCGCCCAUCGUACGAGUCACACUCCUGUCUCCUUGUCCUGGACCUUGUACCGGAGACGCGAUGGCACUGUGGCCAGCAAAUGCCCCUCGUCGAGAAGCACGCGCGCAGACGUCGGCACGCCAGCCGCUACCCUUCUUGUCAUGAUAGUAGCAGUGGGUCUUCUUCUCGCGACAGUUUUUCAGAUAUUAGUGAUGGAGCAAGGGAGAGAUGCAACAGUGUGCACCUGAUCACCGUGUGCCGAGUACGCGGACUAUUCUACAACCUGCCAGUGCGCCAGAUUCCUUAUGUAGCACUUAUCGGCACCUGUAGCUUCAGCAUUCUCACCGGCAGCAGCAGCGGUUGUGGCGGUCCCUGCAAGACUCUCAGUGACCGUGAUCGAGAGGAGCUCUUGCACCGUCGCUCCUCGGGGGCCUGCAAGUCGGCGUCCGCCAUGCGUGCACGGCGGGAGGAGCAGCAACACCUCCUAGCGGUUGUAUUCCAGACCGCGGUGUGUACGUUGUUAGCGCCGCUGUAUCUCACCGGCACACCUCUCGACGCAAGCGCUGACAAAGGCGCAUCGAUCGCCCGGCACUCGUUGCCGGCGCAGAGUGUCUCCGGGUUCUCUGCAAAGAUGAUUGCUGAGUAUGACUUCUGCGGGGACGCGAGUAUUGCCCGAGGUAUGCCAGCUGAAACACUCCCAUUGCACCCUCUUUCGCUCUCUACACCGCUUCGCUGCGUCUCUGCUCCGCGCGUGGGUAGUGAUCGAGGUGACAUACACCCCGACUCCGCGUGGGCGGCGGCGGGGCUGCGCGUGGAUCGUCACGGCUUGUACAGUGGUGCUCUCUGGGUGCAUCAGGCAUCACGAGAGGUGGACAUUGGUGGAAAGGCGGGACACCGUCGCACACGCGGCGAGGCGACGGCGCGUCGUCUGUGUCGCGCAUUCGGCGCCCCACUGCCAGACCCCUCAUCUGCCCCAUCAUCGUCAGCCACUCGUGCACAGCGGCGCGCAGGGCGAUCACGUUCGUUUUCUUCGACCGCCGCGAGUUGGAAAGGUAGUGGAAAGACCCCGGAGGAGACGCUGGCAGAGGGUGUAUUGACAGAAGUGGUUGUGCGGCCUGGUCACUUCGUGGUUCUCUUCCUCACCCCUCCUCCGCUGGGUGCCACCGCCGUCCCUGCCCGUGAGACACCGUAUACAGUAGAGAGCCACCCUUUUGCGCCUUUUCCUGAGCGCCACGGGACCCUCUUUAUGAUACUCGUGCGAGAUUGUCAAGCACAUCCUCUAGAAGACGAUGACUGUCGAGGUCGAUCAGCUCCUCUGUCUUCAGCGUUGUGCCCGACGCAUUGCCGUGUGCUGGAACCUACGCACUGGGCCUACGACAUUGUCGCUACCAACACACGUCGACGUCGCCACAGCGCACAUCCGCUGUCAGGGAGGUCUAUCACAGCAGCCGCAGCAGUAACGGCAGCCGUCCCAGCUUUCGUAUUCGUUGACAGCACGUACGUCCCUGCCCGCAUCUCGGAGGCCCGACAGCGGACCCGAAACGGAGACUCCGUACAGCAGACCUUUGCGCAGCUCUACGACGAAGCACUGCAGCGCCUCACCAGCGGCUGGCGGGGGUGCGAGAGUGACGAGGCGCCCCUUGAGGAUUACGAGAAGGCUCUGCCUGCCCAAACAGCAACUUCACAUGAAACCAUACCAGAUCAGCAGCAGCAGCCGAUCUCUCUCGUCCCAAACAAUGUGCUUGUGAAACAGGAAGCUGCGGAGGUGCAGUUACGCGUGCGGUACCUCUGUCAACAGGUACUGGAAGCCGCUGCUGUUCCUGGGAUGCAGUCGUACACGUCGGCACCGCCUUCCACAAAGCACAGCUCUUUGACCGCAUCCUCGGAGAGUGUGGCUGGUCGCACAGGCACUCUGCAUCGCGUGCAACUCAACCCCGCCUCGCUGCUGUGGCUAAGCGCCACUGCACGCAGCGUAAACUCCUCGGCAGCAGCGCCGCGUCGUACUCCUGUCACCCUCGACCCCAACCUGCACCGUAUCACCAGAGAGGAAAAGGAGGAGCAGGCAGCACUGCACACUCGCCCUCCUUUGGAAGCAUCACUAUCCUCUCGUGAGCCCCCUGGCCCUGUGCAUCACCCAUCGCCUGUACAGGUCUCUAACACGGAGGAAAAGUUAACGCGAAUGCGACAUCUCCUGGACACAGGACGUGGGAAUGCGCUACGUCGAUUGCCUCGCGCCUGUGCGGCACCGUGUCCAUGGAUACCAGAGAAAGGAGCCGACAGAGGUGUCGAGAGCGGUGGCUCCAAUACAUCCAAAGGCGCCACAGCAGUGCUUUCGGAAGAUGUCAUGCCACCAAUCACAACCGCCUUCUCAGCGCGCGUGUCAGUGCUCCAGUGGGCACGCAAGUUCCUGGUCAUUGCCUCUCCCAACACUCCACGAUGUGCGUUCAAGCCAACCUGCAGCCCUGCAGCAGUGGCCCCUCAAGGUUCUGUAUGCCGUCAUCAGCCACACGUGCUGGAGUGGUGGGUUGCGGAUCAGCACGCGGUACACGAGCGAGUGCGACUGGAGUUCUUUCUCUGUUUCGCUGACACCUAUGUGUGCCAUCCCGAGCUGCAGGAUGGCAUGGAGUGCACCGGGAGUGAGUCCGUGAUCCUCGGGUCUGGCGCUGUCUCAGAGCACGUAGCUCGUACCUCCUUGUCGCUUAGCCCUCACGCACGAAGAGCGCUAGAGCGUCGCCACCGCGUUGCGCAGCUGCUGCGGUCGCUCGCGGUCACUGACCCCGCAUGUUCGCCGAGUGCAUCGAUGGCGGCGGUGUCAUUCGCUGUGUCCCUGCCAGCCGAGUGGCGUCUACGUGUGACCGCGGUGGAGGCACAUCUGCGCCAGUGGGGGUGGCGUUUCCAUCACGAAAGUGAGGCCGUCGCGCACCGAGGAGAGAGACAGUGCAACAGAGACGUUGCUUGGGCCAGCGACGCGCGUGUUGACCAGUCCACGUACUCACGCACUCGUCCCUCACUGGCAACAGCUGUUGUGGCGUGGCCGUGCUUGAAGGUGGAAGGGGUCGUUCGCCAUGUCACCUCCACGCAGGCCCUGCAGGAAACGGUGGUGGAGCUGGAAGUGGUGGGAGCCGCAGCGAAGGCAGAAUUCGACUGUCCCUUCAUGCCCUCGCAACCUGCCGCCACUGACCCCGUCUCUUCAUGCGCCCGCUCUCCCGGGUCGUUACACGUACCGCGCUGCUCCUCUCCGUGCCCGCUGCUCAUUCCCUCGGUGUUUCUCAACUUCUUCAUCUCGCGCUCCUGUCGCGGGGCCAUCAUGUUCGGGGACGUUCUUCGCCCCAACGCGGCCCGCUCUAUGGUGGCUGCACUGGACUGUGUCGAACAGUACUACGUGUGCUCGCACGGCCGUCCCUCCUUCACCCAUCUCACUCCUGCACAGUAG